CCAACCCAAAAUCAUCGUUUUAAAAUGGCAGAACACUAAGGACCUUUAACAGAUCAGUCCUUUUAUUCAAUUUUUUCAUAACCUUGGAAUGAAUUGAAGGAGGAGGGAGGAAUACAUUUUAAGGUGCCAGAAUUACAUCAGAAUUGCAUUCUAGGGUCAUUGCUCCCAGACAUGAACUUUCUGCUUCAGACAUGACCUUGGGACCUAGAGCUUUGUAAAUUACUCACAGAACUCCAUCAGAUCUUCUAGAUAGGUCAGAGAAUACUCAUGUGCAGUUUAAGCCUCCAUAGAUGUCCCAGACAGAGCAAUGAUUUACAGGAUCUUUGCUUCUGCUCUUCAGUGCCCUGCUACUAGAGAUGGCAAAAAGGUGGAAAGGACUCUAGAACAUUCUAAGCCUGGUAAGUAUUUCUGGUUGAAAUUCUUCAAUCUCACUACAACCCUGACAAGAAAGUACGACUUUAAUCUCCCGACAUGAUUAGUUUUGAUCUUAAGCUGCACAAUAGAAUAAAUGCCCCCAAAUGUGCAGAGCAAAUCUUAUUAACGUCAAAACUAUAUUAUACACCCUGUAGGAGACCAGAAAUCAAUUUUUACAUCAAAAGAAUACAAAAGCUUCUCGGAUGCACAGAGACCGUCCCCUUCCACCCUUUCCUACAUCCUAAAACAGGUAUUUUUACAUUAAGAGCAAACCGGAAAUUGGCAUUCUGUGCCUACUGAGUGCUGGUCACAUUCGCGUACCUUAAUUUAAGUCCUGCCACAAAGUAGGUACUGAUUGUUAACAUUUUACAUUAGUGACAAUGCAGUCUGAGAGAUCUGGAAUUUGCUCAAGGUGACACACUGCAGCAAGUAGGAGUCAGGACUUGAAUCCGAAGCAGUGUCCUUCCUCCCGCGCCACAGCCACGACGUAGAAAACGCAGGUCUACAGGAAAUUAAUGACCCACAGCCUUCCUGAGGCUCUGCGCCAUAAACGGGGAGACAACCCGGUUCUCGUGACUCUUCAGUCUUUCUGUUUUCACCCAAGUGCAUGACUGCGGGAGCAAACCGACCACGUGAGCCUUCUCCCUCCCCCGACGAGGGCCAGUGCCUGUCUGGCCAAGGGCAAGUCACAGGUGCGACAACGUGCCAGGACUGGAUCUGGAGCCCGAGGGCUCGAGCUCUCCCGCAGCGUCACUGGACGGACGGGAGGGGAACUCGGCCAGGUGUGGCCUCUGGACGCGGCAGGUCACUAGUGCGCUCAAAGGAAGGCUGGAGAAGCGGUCAGCACUGUGAAACGGGGCCCGCGAGAUAGAGGGACUAGGAAUGACCUUGGUCGCGGCCUCUAAAACCCCGCAUGACGACCUCCGGCGGCAGCGCUAGGGUCCCCCACGGUCUCCACCAGUAACUAACCGGUGCGGCGAGCCUCUACACAGUCGCCAGGGCGAGGCUGCAGAGUGGGGGCUAGCCCUCCCCACGUGGACAAGCUCCCCUCUGGGGGCGUGGCCGCCGGCGCGGGUCCGGCCAAUGAGCGCCGCCGUCGGGCUCACCCGGUUGGGCACGCCGGCCGGUGGGGGCUGCGCCAUCCCGGGGGCGGGGCUCUGGAGCCGGGGCGAGGCGCGGCGGGUCACGCGGGUCGCGGCGCCGGGCUAUAAGUAGCGGCCGGCGGCGUGUACCGCCAGAGUGAUGGCUGCCGGCGCGCGCUGCGUGCUUUCUCUUCUCGGCCGCUGAGGGGCCCGCGGGUGCUUCCAGGGUGGGUCGCUAAGCCCCGCCGAACCGUCCCCGGAGCCUCCGCCCCGGGCCGUCUCCUCGUCGGCCACAGGUGCGUGCGUCCGUGGCUCCAACCCACCGCCGCAGCCUGCACCUCUAGUCUCCCGCUCGGCCCUUCGUUUCCUCUGGAUGAACUUGCGUCCUUUCUCUUCUCCGCCAUGGAAUUCUCCUUGCUUUUAGCCCUCCAGAGCCAAAGAAACCCCAGACAACAGAUGCCCAUACGCAGCGUAUAGCAGUAACUCCCCAGCUCGGUUUCUGUGCCGUAGUUUACAGUAUUUAAUUUUAUAUAAUAUAUAUUAUUUAUUAUAGCAUUUUUGAUACCUCAUAUUCUGUUUACACAUCUUGAAAGCCGCUCAGUAAUUCUCUUAUAAUUAAAAACAAACAAACAAACCACUAGUCUAGAGAAUGGCAUCUGCCGUGACAACGCUGCCUACCAGUACUUUUGCUGCUACUGCUGCCUCUGGUCCAUUGGUGGACUACCUAUGGAUGCUGAUCCUGGGCUUCAUUAUUGCAUUUGUCUUGGCAUUCUCCGUGGGAGCCAAUGAUGUAGCAAAUUCGUUUGGUACAGCUGUGGGCUCAGGUGUAGUGACCCUCAAGCAAGCGUGCAUCCUAGCGAGUAUCUUUGAAACCGUGGGCUCUGUCCUCCUGGGGGCCAAAGUGAGCGAAACCAUCAGGAAGGGCUUGAUCGACGUGGAGAUGUACAAUUCGACCCAACCGCUGUUGAUGGCCGGCUCCGUCAGUGCGAUGUUUGGUUCUGCUGUGUGGCAACUAGUGGCUUCGUUUUUGAAGCUUCCCAUUUCUGGAACCCAUUGUAUUGUUGGUGCAACCAUUGGUUUCUCCCUUGUGGCAAAGGGGCAGGAGGGUGUCAAGUGGUCUGAACUGGUAAAAAUUGUGAUGUCUUGGUUCAUCUCUCCACUGCUUUCUGGUAUUAUGUCUGGAAUUUUAUUCUUCCUUGUUCGUGCAUUCAUCCUCCGUAAGGCAGAUCCAGUUCCUAAUGGUUUGCGAGCUUUGCCAGUUUUCUAUGCCUGCACAGUUGGAAUAAACCUUUUUUCCAUCAUGUAUACUGGAGCACCUUUGCUGGGCUUUGACAAACUUCCUCUGUGGGGCACCAUCCUCAUCUCGGUGGGAUGUGCAGUUUUCUGUGCCCUUAUCGUCUGGUUCUUUGUAUGUCCCAGGAUGAAGAGAAAAAUCGAACGAGAAAUAAAGUCUAGUCCUUCUGAAAGCCCUUUAAUGGAAAAAAAGAAUAGCUUGAAAGAAGAGCACGAAGAAACAAAGUUGUCUCUCAGCGAUAUUGAAACCAGGAAUCCUGUUUCUGAGGUAGGGUCUGCCACUGUACCACUCCGGGCUGUGGUGGAGGAGAGAACAGUCUCGUUCAAACUUGGAGACUUGGAGGAAGCUCCAGAGCGAGAGAGGCUUCCCAGCGUGGAUCUGAAAGAGGAAACCAGCAUAGAUAGCACCAUGAAUGGGGCAGUGCAGUUGCCUAAUGGGAACCUUGUUCAGUUCAAUCAAGCCGUCAGUAACCAGAUAAACUCCAGCGGGCACUAUCAGUAUCACACCGUGCAUAAAGAUUCCGGCUUGUACAAAGAGCUGCUCCAUAAAUUACAUCUUGCCAAGGUGGGAGACUGCAUGGGAGACUCUGGCGACAAACCCUUGAGGCGCAAUAAUAGCUAUACUUCCUACACCAUGGCAAUUUGUGGCAUGCCUCUGGAUUCAUUCCGUGCCAAAGAAGGUGAACAGAAAGGUGAAGAAAUGGAGAAGCUGACCUGGCCUAAUGCAGACAGCAAGAAGCGAAUUCGAAUGGACAGUUACACCAGUUACUGCAAUGCUGUGUCUGACAUUCACUCGGCAUCUGAGAUGGACAUGAGUGUCAAGGCGGAGAUGGGUCUGGGUGACAGAAAAGGAAGUAGCGGCUCUCUAGAAGAAUGGUAUGACCAGGAUAAACCAGAGGUGUCUCUCCUCUUCCAGUUCCUGCAGAUCCUUACAGCCUGCUUUGGGUCAUUUGCCCAUGGUGGAAAUGACGUCAGCAAUGCCAUCGGUCCUCUGGUUGCUUUGUAUCUGGUUUAUGACACAGGAGAUGUUUCUUCAAAAGUAGCAACACCAAUAUGGCUUCUGCUCUAUGGUGGAGUUGGUAUUUGUAUUGGUCUGUGGGUUUGGGGAAGGAGAGUUAUCCAGACCAUGGGGAAAGAUCUGACACCAAUCACACCUUCUAGUGGCUUCAGUAUUGAACUGGCAUCUGCCCUCACAGUGGUAAUUGCAUCAAAUAUUGGUCUUCCCAUCAGUACAACACAUUGUAAAGUGGGCUCUGUUGUAUCUGUUGGCUGGCUCCGAUCCAAAAAGGCUGUUGACUGGCGACUCUUCCGCAACAUUUUUAUGGCCUGGUUUGUUACCGUCCCCAUUUCUGGCAUCAUCAGUGCUGCUAUUAUGGCAGUCUUCAAAUACGUCAUCCUCAGAGCGUGAGGCUGUUUGAGAUUAAAAUUCGUGUCGAUGUUUGGGGCCACCUUACACAUUCCUGCUCCUUUGAAGAAGGAUCACAGUGUUACAGAAGACCGACAAGAGUCUUUUUAAAGUUUGGGAGCUGUGGGAGGGAAGUGUUACUUGUGCUAUAAUUGCUUUUGUGCUAAAUAUGACUUGUCUCAAAAUUAGCUAUGUAAAAUAGCCAGGUUUCCACUGGUUCCUAUUGAGGUCCCUUUUCCUUCUGGGCUGGGAAUUCCUGUACAUAAUUCUCUACUUUUUGUAUCAGGCUUCAAUUCCAUUAUGUUUUAAUGUUGUCUCUGAAGAUAACUUGUGAUUUUUUUUUUUUUUUUUUUUUAAACAACCAUUCAGAGCCAUUGGACGCAGUGCGCUCUGCCUUGGUGGUUUCACCAGCUUCUGCCCUAACAUGCACAGGGACUGAACAACAAACAUAACCGAAGCUUCCCUUGUAGUCUCUUAGAGGAAUAGAGCCAUUUGCACUCUGCCCUCCCGUCGGUAGUGGCAGGUUCCAUUGGCAUAUGUGGGAACUUCUUACAGGGACGAGGUUCUUUGGACACAGUGAAAAUUUAAGUUAGUAGUAACUUUUUUGCCAGCAGUUCAUUGACUAUUAUUGCUAAAAAGAAGUAGGAAGAAAAAGCCUUCUGGCAUUCUUGAUUAUUUCUUUACGAUUUCUGGCAGUGUGGGAUGGAUGAAUGGAGUGGAAUAUGAACUUUGGGCAAGUUAAAUGGGACAGCCUUCCAUGUUCAUCUGUCUACCUCUUAACUGAAUAAAAAAGCCUACAGUUUUUAGAAAA